GUGUUACUAUAGUAACCAGAUGCCAGUUCUAUUUGAAAUAAAGCUCCUUGGCAACCAUGGAAAAACAAACGACUCUUAAGUUUUGCGGGCACUACGUUUUUAUCGGAACAACGUCACCUUUUUUCAACAGUUUUAUCUUUUCAGCUCAGCUGAGGAAGGAGCUGUGACAUGUCAAAAACCAAGAAUGAACUGAAAGCUGACGGUUUCACCGUUAAGGCCUUCAUGAAGAACUCCGUGGUUGGAGCACCUCCACCAACAGGGGUGUUUCAGAAGCGUCCGCCCAAACCCACCACCUUCCGGGUUUACUACGAGCGCAGGGAGCUCCCGAUCUCCGUGGACCAUAACAACAAAGGCAAUGCCAUAGCAUGGAAGGUGGACAUCGAGAAACUGGACUACCAAUACUACCUGCCGCUGCUCUUUCACGGACUUUGUGAGACUGUGUACCCAUACCAGUUCCUCGCCCGAGAGGGGAUCCGAGACAUGCUGAACCGGGGAGGCCCCAGGAUCCUCCCGGUGCUGCCCAAGCUCAUCAUCCCCAUCAGGAACGCCAUGAACACCAAAAACCAUGACGUGAUGUGCACCACCUUGAGAGUCAUACAGCAUCUGGUGAUGUCCGCAGAGGGGGUCGGUGUAGCUCUGGUGCCGUACUUAAAACAGAUUUUACCCGUUUUCAACCUCUUCAAGAACAAGAAGAGAAACCUCGGAGAUGCCAUCGAGAGCCGGAGGGAAAAAGAGAGCAUCGGUGAUCUGAUUGAGGAGACUCUGCAGAUACUGGAACAUUACGGUGGCAAGGAUGCCUAUAAGCAGAUUAAAUCAAUGGUACCCACGUAUAGUCCCGUGUAAAGACUUGCCAGAGUGAGAGCUCUUGGACAGUUGACUGUAUUUCAUUUAUUUUGUUCCUUAAGAAGUUUGUUCCAAAGCUCUUGUUUUAAAUAUACCAGCUUGUCUGAAAAGUACAUCAUGUUAGUGUUGUAUCCAUUUAUUCAUUUAAUUUACUCAUAUCUGUAAGGAAAUUAUUGGUAUAGUGAGCUUGCUUUACAUAGUUUUACAAUUUUUAGAUAAUUUUAAGUCUGAAUCCCAUAAAGUUGGAUUAUCCUUACCAGAGGCUGAUUCAAGAGAAUGUGAGCACGUGGGCUCCAGCUAGUUUUGGUACCCAUAUCUGCACCAUCUCCUCAAAAAUAUUUUUUUAUUUGCUGUUGCAGGAUGCAGUUUCCUGAAUCUAUAUAAAAUAAAUAUAUCCAGAAUAACUUUCAUUCAUUUUAGAUUUGUUGCUAAAAUUUUGUUAUGACAAAGCCGUGUUUAAAUCACCUGAAGAAGAGUAGCAUUUGCUCUUAUUGUGAAGAAACCAGUAAUUGCCAGGAUUUUUGUUCUGAGGUGGAAUGUUUUGUAUGUUUGUGUGUAAUAAUAAUAAUAAUAAUAAUAAUAAUAAUAAUAAUGAUAAUAAUAAUAAUAGUAAUAACUUGAUGAAAUUUUAUAAUGAAAUAAUUGUAUUAUGCAAACAAAUAUUACAAACAUAUCAUAAACAAUAAAUAAAUACAUUUUUCCCCAUCAUCACAAUCUAGCAGAUACAAGUGGAGUGGAUUUUUUUUUACAUCAAUCAAACAGCCUUAUAUUUAUUGUUUUCGAUAUAUUUAUGAUCACCUGAUCUAAUACAUGAACACAUGAUUAAUCACCUUGCACAAGAUCUGAAUUCUUGUGCAAGAAUUCAGAUCUUGUGAUCUGAAUCACAAGAUUCAGAUCACAUGAAUCUUGAUCUGAAUCUUGAAUUUAAAUAUUUUAAAUUAAAUAUUUAAAACAAUUUUACAGAAAAAUGAUGUAUAAUUUUCUUCUUGCAUAAGUUAAGUCUGCUCUCAGUACAGCCCAUCAAUGCUUCAACUAUUAUGUAAAUGAUAUUUUCAUAUUUUCAGACAUUUAGAUGUAAGAAUUAAAUGAAGAUAUGAUGUCUUAGUGUAUUUCUUAGACAUUAUAUAUUUGUUUAUCUGUGCAGCAUAGUGAGAAAUGAUUGAUUAUAUAAUGUUAUAAAUAAUGUGUGAAAAGGUACAAGAAUCCAGAGAGAAUAAAACGCUCUUGAUGCUC